CGCCACAUCAAUCAUUUUCCCUUUCUUUUUCAAAGUCAAAAAGACUAACUAUAAGCAUAUACUUCACUCUCCCUCCCACAUUGUUGGCUCCAUACUCCACGGCCACUGGCCACUCCACUUAUUACACUACUCCUCUCUUUCACUCUUUCUGUUUAUACUAUUACUCUUCUCUAAAUUCUUCAAAAAAUACAAACUUCAUAAAACAGACAUUACUGUAAUGUAAACAAUAGAUUUUUUCUCUUUCUUUCUAGCAUGACUUCGAAAAGUGCAAAUGGUUACGCCAUUAACAACAACAAUAACAACAACAACAACACACAAAGUUCGCCGCCGACAUCGCCGAAAAACCGGCAAAGUUCCCGGAGGAGGCUACGCAGGCGAGGAAGCUUCCGUCGGAGGCACUUGCUGCUGGUUGUGCCGCUUCUCUACUUCUCGGGACUGAUCAGCUGCGUGCGGCCACUCUUUUCCCUGCUGCAACCACCUGCAGGUGCUGUAUAUCGUAGCCAUGACAUUUUUCAGAAGCUUUGGACCGACAUUCAAGCUGAUAAUUCUUCCUCUAUUCAGCUGUCUUCUGUCUGGAUAUACAAAAGGAAGCUAAAAGAGCAAAGACACUGUUCCACUGGAAAUACUGCCUCAACUAAAGGUUCUCCUGGAACCAAUCUUUACUUAAUUGUUGAUGCCAAUGGUGGCCUCAAUCAGCAGCGAUCAUCGAUAUGCAAUGCAGUAGUCAUUGCUGCGCUAUUGAAUGCCACACUUCUUAUUCCUCGUCUGGAGUUUCACAAUGUCUGGAGGGAUUCAAGCGGAUUUGCUGAUAUUUAUGAUGAGGACCAUUUCAUAUCCACCAUUAAAGAUUAUAUUACAGUGGUUAAAGAACUGCCAGCAGAUCUGAUGGAGAAAUAUGAUUCCGAUAUCAGCAAUAUUCGGAAUUUGCGAGUCCAGGCUUGGGCACCUCCAAGCUAUUACCUGGAAGAGGUUUAUCCUGUCUUGCUUAAGCGGAGGGUUGUUCAUAUUUCCCCAUUUGCUAAUAGAUUAUCAAUGCAUCUUCCAUCUCAUCUUCAGUUCCUGAGAUGCUUUUCCAAUUAUGAAGCUUUGAGGUUCUCCUUGGCCAUAUCGACACUUGCAAAGAAGUUAGUCAAGCGCAUGAUUGAGAGGAGCUCUAACUCUGGUGGGAAUUAUAUUUCUAUCCACCUUCGCUUUGAGGAGGACAUGGUAGCCUUUUCAUGUUGUAUUUAUGAUGGAGGAGUGGUUGAAAAGUCAGAAAUGGAUGUGGUACGUGAGAAGGGAUGGGGGAAGAAGUUCAAACAAAAAUAUCGUGUUAUUGCACCUGGUCUCAACCGCAUAAAUGGAAAAUGUCCUAUGACCCCUGUAGAGGUCGGGAUGAUGCUCAGGGGUAUGGGAUUUGCCAAAGAUUCUCCAAUCUAUUUGGCUUCUGGGAAGAUUUACCAGGCCGAUAGAUAUCUAGCACCUCUUCGAAAGAUGUUUCCUCUCCUACAAACCAAGGAGACUUUGGCAACCAAAGAUGAGCUUGCUCCAUUUGAGGGUUAUUCAUCAAGACUCGCAGCUGUGGACUACCUAGUAUGCUUGUUUAGUGAGGUAUUUGUAACCACUCAAGGGGGAAACUUCCCUCAUUUUUUGAUUGGUCAUAGAAGGUACCUUUUUAAUGGACACGCCAAGACUAUCAAACCUGAUAAAAUCAAGCUUGUAUCUUUAUUGCAGAACACAAGUAUAAGCUGGAUUGAAUUCAAGGGUCAAAUGGGAUCAAUGCUGGCCGAAAGUGACAGGAAGGGCAUAAUGGUACCUAGAGUUAAGAAGUCCACCAGAAAAGGUUCUAUCUAUUCGAAUCCUUUACCUGAAUGCAGGUGCCUUUGGGAGUCAAAAAGAGCUACCAACCGAAGCAAUUCGUACCUCAUGGUAGCUCGCUGAGAAUCGUCCCUGGUUCUAAGUUUCCUCUGAUUUUGAGCAGUCUAAGUUGAUCAACUAAUCUGGGAUCCUUUUGCAAGCACCAUUUACUCUUCUAUUUUGGUUGUUAUUUGCGUAAUGAUAACAAAGUCUCCACGUGCUGCCAUGCUAUCCAUGGAAAUCAGUAUACUUCCAGCUUAUCAUAUUGGGGUAUACCAGUUUAUGUGCCAAUAGAAUGUGGUAGAAAAGAUCUGAGGCUCUAAGUCCAAUACUGAUUACAGGAACCAAAGAUUGUUACAGCAUCUCAGUCGAGAUCAUGAGAAUUUAUUUUCCAGUUUUUCCUUAGCCAUCAUCUAUCUGGAGUUGAUACAUCAGUUUCUCAGAUCCUAAAGGAUUCAGUUAUUCUUUUUUAUAGUGUAGAUUCUUGGUUCUUUCUCUCUUCUUCUUUGGUUUUGUUACUGCCUUCACAUUGCUUUUGGAAGUUUGUACUCCUCAUACUCUACCUAUUAUAUGCUAUAAGUUUUAGUGAAUUGAAUUUCA